UGAGUCUUUUGCUUCUCCAUUAAUGGAGGGAAGUUCAUAAAAUUUCUCCAAAGUUCAAAAAGCUACACCACCUUCUACUUCUGGCGCCAUUUGCAGUUACCCUUCUCUCUUUCAAACUUCUCUUCCAUUUCUAGAAAUAAAAAAACUCACACUUCUCUCUGAGUUUCCCUUUCAAAUUCUUUCUUCAUGGAAGAAAAAGAAAGCACUAUAUCCGGAUCAACAGGUGGUAACUCGUACACUGACUCACCUCCACCAGUGAGUAACAACGUGUUGUUGCCGCAACCGCCGCCGCCGUCGUCUCAAGUAGCGGUCAGUAAUGUGGAAAGGAACAUUGAUCUUAGUGCAGGGGCAAUUGCAGUUGCAGCAGCCCCAGAAAAUAAUAAUAACAAUAAUAAUAAUAGUGGUGGUAGCGGGGAUUUGUUUGGAAAGAAAAAAAGAGGGAGGCCGAGAAAAUAUGAUUCUGAAGGAAACUUGAGGUUGCAACCUUCUUCUUUUCCACUUGUAUCGUCACCUCCUGGUUUUACUUUGACUCCUUCUCCGGAUUAUUCUUCUUCAAAAAGGGGUCGAGGUAGGCCUCCGGGUUCUGGUAACUGGCAGCUUCUUGCUUCUUUAGGUGAAUUGUUCGCGAACACAGCGGGAGGGGACUUCACACCUCAUGUUGUAACCGUUAAUACUGGGGAGGAUGUUGCUGGAAAGAUUCUUUCGUUUUCGCAGAAGGGUCCUCGAGGAAUUUGCAUUCUCUCGGCUAAUGGAGCUGUUUCUAAUGUUACCAUUCGCCAACCAGGGUCCUCUGGUGGUAUCUUGACAUAUGAGGGUCGCUUCGAGAUACUGUCAUUAUCUGGUUCAUUCACAGUCAGUGAUACAGGUGGCGUAAGAAGUAGGACCGGUGGAUUGAGCGUUUCGUUGGCUGGACCUGAUGGGCGUGUUAUAGGUGGUGGUCUUGCUGGUUUAUUACUGGCUGCUAGCCCUAUCCAGAUUGUGGUAGGAAGUUUCAUGCCAAAUGGUUACAAGGUACAUAAAAGGAAGCACCAUCGAGAACAUGCGAUUCCUUCUAUGUCUCCGGGUGCUCCUGAUACAGUGACAGCAGCAAGACCAAUUUCACAGGCAAAACCUUAUGGGGAGACCUGUUUGACCCCUGUAACUCCAAUACUGGUACAAAACCACGCAGAAGUGAAUAACACCAAAAACAACGAACAAUUGCCAAAUGUCACAUCAUCCCCUAGUCCGGGUUGGAAUGGCUCAGAGACCACAUCUAACCAGGGGCCAUCUCCUGAUAUCAAUGUGUCUUUGCUCAGUGAAUAGGCUGUACAAGGUGUAUUUCGAGACUUGGAGGCUGAUGUGAUAACUGGAUGAACUAAUCUUAUUUCAUUUUUAUUGUAACAAUUAGAUUAAUUAACAUGAAGUUCCCAAAUUGCUGCCUGAAAUUUAGAAAUUAGAAACAAAUGCAGCAUUCAUUUUUUAGCAAUGUUGUAGAAGUAUUUUUAUUUUACAAAAAUACUGAUCGUCAACUGAACUAAAUUAAGACAAUU